UGGGAGAUCGUGAGUCGAGUUUGCCUGUGUGGUAGUGGAUCGCAGCAUUUUUGGGCUCGCGAGACUUCAAUGCGCACUUGCAUCUGGAAGACGAAACUUGUCUUGACGAACCACUCGCGUGAUUCUGCGAAACGGGCUCCCGUCGAUCGGUAGUGUGCGGUGUAGAUUGCAUAAGUUUCCAGCUUCACAGCUUCACGUAGGUGCUAAACUGCAAUUUGUUGUCAGCUCAGGCGUGUUGAUCGUUUUGUGCGGGUGCGGAACAAAGUUCAUCGAAAAUGUCCUAUCAGUGCAAGAAUUGUGAGCGUGAGAAGGACCAAAACAAUAACUACGUCAAUGCCACCUAUGCGGCCAAUGCCCAUGGCACUCGUGGCAAUAGGUCCGGUUCAACCCGGUCCAGCAGGAACGCCGCCGGCAAUGGGGGCGGCACUAACGAAAACGCUAACGGAUCCAGCCACGGCAGUGCCAACGGGGGAACGGGUUCCCAAGUGACAGGGGCCACCCAGGUGACGGCCAAAGUGAUGUGGGGAAGUGUCGGAGCGAUCAAAGAACUGCGCGAGAAGGAACAAGCCGAACGAAAUCAGGUCACCAGGGCCGGACGCCGACAGUAGAGUCGGUGUGUGCAGAAGCAAUAUUUAGUAGUAGUGGAAAAGGUUGUUCUAGUGAGCAGUGCGCAAAAGCGGUUUGGAGAAGAAGUUAUUAAUUUUUUGCUUUUGUUGUUGAGCCAGAACGUGUGCGAUUUUUCAAUGUUAUCAACUUUUAUUCUAUCUAAACUAGUAGUUAAUUUAUUAUCAUUAACAUUAUCAAAUCGUUGAGAUUUUUAUGACAUACUGCAGCACCGACCGAACAACGCAAGGAAUUACGUCAAUGACAAC